CUGCAGCCGCCACCUCAGCCCCCACCCCCCCUCCUCGAGAUGAGACCAUGGACAGCAGGAUCAAGGAAAAUCCACAGAGGACCUUUGACUUGGUGCUACAGGUAAAAUGCCAGGCUUCUGAAAAUGAAGAUCCUGUGGUUUUGUGGAAGUUCCCCGAGGACUUUGGAGACCAGGAACUGCUCCACAUCCUACCUAAAUUCUGCUUUCCUUUUGACAUUACAAGGGUGACACAUGUUGGACAACACUUUACUUUUGUGCUCACUGACAUAGAAAGCAAACAAAGAUUUGGAUUUUGCCGGUUAACUUCAGGAGGCAAAGUAUGCCUAUGCAUUCUAAGUUACUUACCAUGGUUUGAAGUGUACUACAAACUUCUAAAUACAUUGGCGGAUUAUUUGGCUAAAGAUCAGGAAGAUGACUUGAAUGACUUGUUAGAAACCUGGUACAACCAUCCUAUGCCAGUGGCAAACACUCCUAUUAGCUUAAGUUUGAACAAGGUGAUUUUUGCAAGUAAGCAAGUUUUGAAAAGUCAACCAUGUUUAACAGCGCAUUCAUAUUUCAUUACUCCUGAUACAACUGGAUUACCAACCAUACCUGAAAGUAGAAACCUUACUGAGUAUUUUGUUGCUGUGGAUGUGAACAACAUGCUGCAACUUUACGCCAGCAUGUUGCAUGAGAGACGCAUUGUUAUUACCUCCAGCAAACUAAGCACUUUAACUGCUUGUGUUCAUGGGUCAGCUGCAUUACUGUAUCCAAUGCACUGGCAACAUAUUUACAUCCCAGUGCUCCCACCACACCUGCUGGACUACUGCUGUGCACCAAUGCCAUACUUGAUUGGAGUUCACUUCAGUUUAAUGGAGAGAGUGAAAAGUAAAUCACUUGAGGAUGUGGUGAUGCUAAAUGUUGACACAAACACAUUGGAAACACCGUUUAAUGACCUGAGCAGCCUACCAAGUGAAGUGUUUUAUUUUAAUCUCUUCUAUCCUGCUGAGGACUGCAUGAAUCGAAAACCAUACAAUGUUUGUCAUUUGCUUUGGCAGAACAAAGACUGCUUACUUAUAAUUCUAUUUGGGGAGCCGGUCAGUUUCUGUGAAGAAAGUUUUGUCAAACAUCGUUCCAGCACCACUAAACAGUUUCUGGAAACUGCAGUGAAUCUUCAACUUUUUAAACAGUUUAUUGAAGGUCGGCUCGCAAAGCUAAAUGCAGGAAAAGCGUUCUCUGAUGUUUUUGAAGAAGAAAUUGCUUCGGGUGGCUUCAGUGGAGGAAAUUCAAGAUCAUAUAACCAAUGGGUACAUACAGUAAAGAAAGGAGGAGCCCUGAUCAACACAGCAAUGAACAAAGCCAGCCCAGCUGUGAAAACAGCAUACCGAUAUGCAAAAAGUCAUGCAAAACAGGGAAUAAAGGAGGUGAAGAGUAAGUUGAAACACAAGGAAACAGAAGAUGAAUAUGGAACUUCUAGCUCUGGUUUUGUGCAAUAUACUCCCAUCUAUACAUUGGCCAACACACAAAGACUAAAUACGGAGAAAAGACGUCUCGCACAGAAACGAUUUGGAUAUCUUCACACCAACAUGCAUAAUCAUGAUUCUGCCUUGGAUGAAGAUGCUGAUGAUGAAAUGGACAGAGGAAGCAAAUUGUCAUCUGAAGACAGCGAGGAAGCAUCUUAUUAUCUGUAUGACAGUGAUGACUCUGGGGAAAUGGCCAAAACACCUCUUCCCCCUGGAGAAAUGGAUCUGCUGGGAGAAAUAUUGGAUACUUUGAGUACACACAGUUCUGAUCAAGGGAAACUCUCAGGAGCAAAGAGCUUGGACUUUUUUCGAUCAAUGGAUGACAUUGAUUAUAAGAUGAAGAAUAAGUCCAACACACCGAGUGAGAGCAAUCUUGCUUUGCUUUGCACUAGUCGGACUUCUGAACCAUCUGACUGGAAUCUUGGGCACGAUGACAGCAUCCUUAGUGGGAAGCAGCUUCCUCUAUCACCAAGGAAACAUGUUCUUUCUACAAGCCAUGGAGAAUGCCACUUUGGGCUAAAUAAGGAAAAUCCUGCUGCUCUCCCAACUGCUGACAAUGAGGGCUUCCUUAAAACUCACUCAAAAUCUCCAAACUCAUCUCAAGAAACGAUGCAAUUAUGUUCUCCAGGAGCUUUCCAAGUAAAGACAAAAUGGAACAAAGCCGUAAGCAAUACCUCAGUGGAAGAGAUUUCAUCAAACUUGAGCCAAAAUUCAUCAAUUUUGGUUCCUUGGGAGAAAGAAGAGAGAAAAGGAACCAGAAUUCUAGAGGAGGGUGGGCUUCUUCAGGAAGUGGUAUCAUUGUGUAACAUGACUUCUGAUUUCAAGUACGGUCUAAACAUUUCAGGGGACAAGUUUUCUAACAAUGGGGGAAGUAAAGCAUAAGGUUUUUUUUUAAGUUAAACAUACUGGAAGAAGGAAAUUGCACUCCUGACAAAGGCUGAAGGAAGACAACUCAGGAUUCCAUAUCACAAAACGAACCAAAAGAUCACAGAGGAAUUGACAGAUCUUCAGUUUCACUAACCUUUGAAGUGUGAUUUGUCAUCCAUAUGCAUAUUCUCACUUUUAUUUUGAAUGUAUCUCAUCUUACAUUUCUUUACUACAUUUGAGUUCACAAUAUGGGCCUAGAAUUGUGGAUAGGUCUGUAGCUCAGUGUUUAGGUUGCAUGUUUUGCAAGCAGAUGUUCUAGACCUACGUACUCGUAUCUCCAGGCAGAUCUAGAAAGAACCCUUGUGUGAAAUAGAGGGGAGACUCUGCCUGACCAUGCACAGAAUGCUAGGCUAGAUAAUCCGAUAUGGUUUGAGGCAGCUUGUAUGUUCAGCAAAUGCAUUUGGGUAUCAAGGUACUCAGUCUGACUCCAUGUUUAAGCUGAAGCUGGUGUAUGGUAUUUGCUAAUUUUUACUGUUUCCUGUCCCCCAUGCAUAAAGAACAGCAUUUCCAGGGAUAGGCACCAUUCUACUUAAUAUGACAUGAACAACUGCAGUGUUAUUUUUCUGGCACUCAUAAAUCAUCUUAAUCGAUGAACUAAUUGCCUUAAAGUUAUAUGAAUAUAUUCAAAUAUUCUAAAGGAUGAAAUAUAAAUAUUUGGAAAAGUGAUGCCAUUAUUUCAUAGUAAUGAAGUGCUUAAGCCAAGAGAAAUGUGGACAAUUUCCAGAACUGCUGGAACUCUUAUGACCACUGGCCAAGUGACUGUGUUUUAUAUACUGAUUUUGGUUAUCCCAUGAGAGUCUCGUUUAGAUGGGUGUCUCCUCCACAUAUUAUCUUUCUAGAGGAUAACAAUUGUCAUAUAGCCAAGUAAUAGAGGAGAGCUCCCAUGGCGAAUUAAUCAUCACAUGAAUGAGCUGUUAAUUGUUCUUUUCUGAAUUCACCCUGAAAGAAGCUGUGGUUUGAUUAUUAUUUUUUAACUAGCUGGCAACCUGGCCCUGUCUUCCAGAUGAUACAGAUUGGUACUGUAUAUUUUUAUAUAUAUAUUGGAGUCCUUAAAUGCAGUGUGAAAUGUGUGCCUGUCAACAUUUUGCAUCUUUCAUUUUCAUGAAAGUAAGAACUCUGAGUAAAACAGUUGGGUUUUUACUGGCAUGGAAUUUUAGUGCAUUUAAGUUUUUCUAUGUUAAAAUUGAUUUGCUCUGUUGUUGUUGUUGUUUUUUUAACCUAUACGACUGACUUUAGGUAGUGGUGUUAAGCAAUUGGAUUGUUGUCAGAUGUGCUGUUUGACCAAAUUCAAAGCUUCCUUUCUAAAAGAAAAAUAAUACCUGCUGCUCAACAACACAAAUAUGCCAGCCUUCUCAGUGUUAGGUCUCUGACGCUGAGCAAAGGCAUCAAAUCACUCAUUGACUUCCAGUUCAUUGCAGGUUGCACCACAAAUGACAACUUUAGAACUUGUCUUGUGAAAAUAUCAAGGGUACACCUUUGAUGCACAGAUAUAUAAAAUGUAGAAAAGUCCUCUCAAAUUUGCCAGUAAAUUAAACAUUUUGGGAAACUUUGAAUGUAGAGUUGCUGGUAGACUUUCAGGUGCUAUAUAGAAAAAAUUCUGUGUGAAAACCUGUAGAAGUGUUUCACAUCCAAACCCAUGUGCUCAGAUGUAAGUUUCUUCUUCCUCAUACUGUGCUACUGUCUUGAACUCCGUCUAUAGGUUUGCCAUUUCAUAUUAGGAAAUCCUUACCAUACAAAUGAUCUAGAUUACUUUGAUAAAGGAAGUAAUGUCCUGGUAAACAUAAAUCAAGUCUCUUUGUAGCAGUGUCAACAAGAGGCAUGUUCUGGAACCCCAGGCACAGAAGGAUUUCCCAUUCUGACUUUUACCAUGAAAAACUAUGCAGAUAAAGAUUUCCAGGUGGAGCCGCAAAGGGAUUUUUCUCAUAAAUGAGCAUGGAUGGUUUAUGAGUCAAGCUAAGGAGGAGAUGGAAAGUGGGAUGCAAGGAAAUUAAGAGAUGAGAGCUAUUGAAGUCUGCAGGUUUCCCAUAACUCACAUAGUUAGGAUUGUGAUGCUACAUUCAAAUCUCAUUGUAAUAUAAUUCUUACAGCAAUAUGCAUAACAUUGAGUCUUCGAUGAACCUUUGGGAUGCAACCUCAUUUUGUAUCUUAUCAAACGUGUGAGUUUGUUGGGACUGGUCAACUCGCAUAAACUAAUCACUCAGCACACAUCAGAAAAACACACUUUUAGAAAUCUAAUAGUUGUGCCUUACACGUUUGCCACAUUUAAUUGCCAGCUCUCUUUCUUAUACACAAGUGAAGCAUUCAGUGUGUAAAAGGGGCCAGAGUAGCAGUUUCUCAAACCUUUCACCAGCCACCUUCUCUGGUCUCUACUUUUUAUAGUUAAAAAAAACCCCUCUCCAUAGGCCACGUCUGUAGCAGUUUGAUAAUUACUGUAGUUGAAAUAACAGUUCAUUAUUGGCUUUUACCAGCCUUGCUGUCAUUGUUCUUAGGACCUUCUAAAAUCACCAUUUUAAUUUGGUGAUGAGAGGCUUCAGGUUAAAAAAAAUUCUCAGGAACCUCAGUAAAUUACAAAUGCUUUGGGUCAUCAGAUUCCUUUAUUCUCCCAAAUUUAGCCUAUUUAUUGGAGGCUAUUAGGGACAAUUCAUUUAGAACUACUGGUGUUUUAGCCUAAUCACACAGAAAUACGAACCGAUUUUUUACAUUUACCUUUGGUAGUACAAAUUUACCAGGUUUCUGUACCUUUUUGGACACCAUCAUAAUGUUCUUCAACUAUGUGGUAAAGGAAAUCCUUUAUUCCCUUGUCAUAAAUCCCCAAAACUGAAAGCAUCAGAUAGCAUCUUGGAUUUCCUACUAUGUGGCCUGAAAGGAAAUCCAUCCAUUUAGGGCUUUCCUUGACAACCUUGGAAAUGUAUAUUCCAGGAAUGAAGAAAGCAGUUCUGCAGCAGUGACUGUUUUAGCUUAGAGUAGCUGAUGCAUCUAAAAGAUUAUUUGCCCUGCCAUCUCCUUUCUGACCCUUGGGCCCAAAUGCUGCAAAAGGGACCUUGUCAGGUGUAAGAAAGGAAAGAUGCUUAAAUUAGCAGAUCAUAUCUGUAUGUCCAUGCAUGGAGAAUGACCUGAAUAAAACAUACAACACAUAUCAUUAACUUUGCAUAAAGAAAUGGAAUUCCUGUAACAAGACCCAUUUUUGUGAAUUGUGUACUGUUAGAAAUAGUGAAAGUUUUUUU